GCGUAAGCCACCUGAGGGGAGGCCCAAACUUUUUGGCAACACCUCCUUAGUUGUAGGUCAUUGAACAUCUCCCCACGGGGAGGCACUCGCUGCUGGCAGGGCACCGAUUCCCAAAGUGCUAAUGUGCAAACGGAUCGGGAUUCGUACUUCGUACCUCAGCCGCACACUUUCAUUCUCUGACCCCUCUCUUCAAAAUCACACUUUCCCCGCAUUAGCGGUCGUACAACUUGUUGAUUUUCCCCUCCCCCACUUCCUGCUAGAAAUGGCGAAUGACCUCGAAGAAUGGUGGAGUUUCCAAAGAGGCAUUAUGGGACUGAACCUCCUUUACGUUCUCUUCCAGACGGUUUCUAUGAGCUUUACUCAAGCGGACUCCCAUACCGUCAACUCGUUCUAUGGACCCGGCUCUUUCGUCGCCUGGUUUCUGACUAGCAUUCUCACCUUGCUGUCAGGAGAGUGUCGCAUAUUACUCGACCGAUUUCCUCGGAAGGUCCUUAUCGCAUCAUCUCCAAAACCUCACACGAAAUAUCAACUGCUGGAGGACGACGCUACCCACAUAAAAGACAACCUCGAUUUCGACGCCGCCAUGCUGGCCACAUUUGCAUACCCGACCGUUUCAAGCGUCGAAGUCUUGAUUCGAGCAUCCAACCACGAGUACUCUCCGCGCCGAGAAGCCGCCCACUGCGUCACCCGAAUCGGCGCCAUGAUUUCCUUCUUUGCAAUUCUCUUCGACCUCCAUAAAGAGCAGCACCCCAGUGUCGAAUCCCUCCCCACAUCAUCAGCAAGGCGGCGGGCGUCCUGGGUGAUGCUCUGGAGUCUUUGCACCUUCGCUUCCGUGCUCCAGCCAACGACCGGUUGGUUUACGGCCAUCUCUUUGGCGCUUUCGCUCCUCAGCGCUGUAAACGUUUUUACUAUAACACAGGUGUAUAUGGGCCUUCCUGGGAAAGAUCUAGACUUUACUUGGUAUCUUUCCGCUUCUGUCUGGGCCGGAGUGUUUCUGGCACUGAUGCUGUUCCUCGGCAUACCGAUGGCGGCAGAUACUACCGUUCGUCCGUUCAAGGUCCGGAUCUCUUUCCCAAGAAGCGGGUCGGGGUUGGGAGACCAAGAUCAGUGGUUCGCCCUUCUCAAUGCGCUCAUAUUGGUCAUUGGGCCGGCAUGCCGAAAAAUAUAUAGGAUACGACAGUCUAGAAGCCUUAUUAAGAAAAGCUAAGCUAGAGAUAUAGAUCUGUCAGAUUUGAACACUAGUACUACCCAUCCGAAAAUAUAAAAUACAUUUGUCGUUUGUCGC